CACACACACACACAUACACACUCGCUCCCACACAUUCUCAAACACACACACUCUCUCUGUGGUGUUGGUGUUGCCACUUGUAUUGGACGCCGAUAUUGAAGGGAAACAGACCCGAGACUGACAGGAUGUUCUCAGGGCACGUCCUGGCCUAUAAGAACCAGCAGUAUGGAGAUCUGCGUCGGGGCUGUCAGGAGCGCGGAGAGCUGUUUGAGGACCCAGAGUUCCCCUGUACCAACGCAUCACUAUUCUACAGCAAACCCCUACCUGGCAGAGUAGAGUGGAAAAGACCUAAGGAGCUGUGUCCAGAGCCGAAGCUUUUUGUGGAGGGUUUGAGUGCUCACGACCUUAACCAGGGGGAGGUUGGGAACUGCUGGUUCGUAGCCGCCUGCUCCUGCCUCGCUACCAAGCCAGAACUAUGGCAGAAGGUGAUUCCGGAUUGGGAAGAUCAGGAAUGGGAUACGAAGCACCCAGAGAAAUAUGCCGGAAUAUUUCGCUUCCGAUUCUGGCUGCUGGGGGAGUGGACUGAUGUGGUGGUGGAUGAUAGACUGCCCACCAUCAACGGACAACUCAUAUACUGCAGGUCCAAACUGGGAAAUGAGUUCUGGAGCGCUCUACUGGAGAAGGCCUAUGCCAAGCUCUCUGGUUGCUAUGAGUCUCUCAGUGGCGGUAACACUGGUGAUGCGGUGGUGGACUUCAGUGGAGCUGUAACGGAGGCUGUUGACCUGAAGAAGGCAGCGCUGGACGACAAGCCGGAGGAGAGAGAGAAGCUAUUCAGCCAACUGCUCAAGGUGUACGAGAGAGGAGGGGUCAUCAGCUGCUCCAUCGCGGCGUCCCCCCAUGAGAUCGAGGCUCGUAUGCCGUGCGGCCUGGUGAAGGGCCAUGCGUACUCCGUUACCAUGGUGAAGCGUGUCCGGCUGGGCCACGGCCUCAUGGCCUACUUCAGGAACGAGACGCUGCCUCUGCUGCGCAUGCGCAACCCCUGGGGACAGCACGAGUGGAAAGGAGCGUGGAGCGACAGUUCAGAGGAGUGGGCCAAGAUCGGGGACACAGAGAGAGGCAACCUGGGUCUUACUGUGGAGGACGACGGAGAAUUCUGGAUGUCCAUGGAGGACUUCUGUCGCUACUUCACGGACAUCGAUGUGUGUCGUGUCAUCAACACCUCACUACUCUCCCUUCAUAAGACAUGGCAUGAAGCAGUGCAUCAUGGGAGCUGGGCGCGUCACUCGGAGCCGCUCAGGAAUCGCUGCGGAGGAUGCAUGAACCACAAGCAGACCUUCCUCCAGAACCCACAGUUCAUGUUUGACGUCUUUAAAGAAGAGGACGAGGUUCUCAUCUCACUACAGCAGAGAGACAUGAAGAUCCACAGACCCAGAGGCCAGGGGGAAAACCUCACCAUCGGCUUCGCCCUCUUCAAGGUGGAGAGAAACAGGAAGUACCGCAUGCAUGACAUCAUCACGCAGCAGAACGUGGCGACCUCCACCUACAUCAACGCCCGCUCCGUCUUCAUGCGCGUCACGCUCCCUAGGGGGCGCUACGUCAUCAUCCCCUCCACCUUUCAGCCAGGACACUUGGGAGAUUACAUGCUGCGAGUCUACGCUGACGUGGACACUGAUUGCAGAGAGCUGAAUACAGAUGUUCCUAAGGUGCGGUGUUGGAGCAGUAUCGUGGGGUACCCCCAGAUGGUCUCUCAGGUGUACGUCCAUGGGGCAGAGGGACUGCAGAAACAGGACAGCAAUGGAGGUGCUGACCCCUACGUCAUCAUUUCCUGUGAGCGCUCGUCCGUGCGUUCCAACAUACAGAAAGACACUCUGGAGCCAUUGUUUGAUACAAGAGCAGUGUUCUACCGACGCAACCCACGCAAACCUAUUACUGUGGAGGUUUGGAACAGUAAUGCGGUGAAGGAUGAGUUCAUGGGUCAGGUGGUUAUGACAGCCGAGCUGGACGACGCGUCUGGUCCUCAGAAGCUACAGCUGAGGAAGAGAGGAGGCCAAGCAGCUGACGAGAUGCCCGGAACCAUCGCACUUAGAAUCGUCUCCGCACGCGACCUCACCGCCAUGUGAAUACAGCAUGCAGUAGAACCAUGUGAUUGGAGCAUAGCGCCCAACAGCCAGACAGCCUGAUCUCACAGAAUUCUGUGAAAUGGACAUAUACCAUUGGGACAUGAAAUCUGUGGCAGAUUUUGCCAAAAUUCUGUGUUAGGGUGACGGACGUUUAUUUCCAUGACGGACAUGCUAUCAAUAGGUUCCCCCAUCACAGAAUUUUGGCAAAAUCUGUGAAACUGCCAGAGAGUUUGUGUCACAAUGGUCCGCGUUCAUGUCACGAAAUACUGAGAGAUCAUGUUGCAACCUACAGCCACAUAUCUACAUCGUUGACAGCUCCAGACACCAGUCAAAAGGUGCUCUCAUGGCCAUGGAUUCCAGGAGAUGGAGCAAUAAAUAGGUGUGUGUGUGUGUGUAUGAGAGAGAGAGAGAGAGAGAGAGAGAGAGAGAGAGAGAGAGAGAAAGAGAGAGAGAAGGGAAGACUUCAGCUGCAGAGGCUGUUAGUCUCAUCACGGCUAAGCAGCAAACUCAAAUAGCCAUGUUGUCAUGACGACAAACUCCUUGUUUGGUAUCACUACUGCCUAGCGCCAGAAAUACUCUAAACCAUACAAAUAUAUUUACACAUAUUUUGUACCAAUCUAAACAAACAAGUUUACAUUUUAGAAGUUGUUUUAAUUUCUAUGAGGACACUAUACUCUUCAUGGCGCGAGAUUUGUAUUUCUGUUAUGGUUUGUUUUUCGUUUUUCAUCUUGUUGCAUUUUGCAUUUCUUUACGUUGUGUCACUUUUGGUGUAAUACCAAUGGUAUUCCUGUACAAUUUAACGUCUAUUUUUUGUAUUUCUUAAAGUUUUACAUGUGUUUUACAUUCUGGUCCAAUCAUACAUGUUUACACUCCGUGCCAGUCCAGUGUCGUGAAUAAAGAUUCAACUCAAUUUAAUUUUAAAAAUGUCACAAUAAUAUUUUUCAUGACGAUGCUUCAUCAGUUUACUUCUGUUGAAACGUCAUCAAACAUUGACUACAUGUAACUGCCUACCUACCUACCUACCUACAUGAAGUUUUGUACCUCUUCAUUGUGCAUGUCUGCUAAAACGUCCAGUGUUUGAAUAAUAUCAUUAAACUUCAUGAAGGUACUCCA